AUGGCGCAAUCAGCCUCCAAGCAUUGUAGAGCUUGCCAAGCAUCAUUCACCUCGCCAAAUGCGGUUCGGGAAUUCUCCUGGGCCUGCGGCUUCGCCCCUUUCCACGAGCGGCCAUGGGACUCGUUCAGGGGCUGGUCGGGGAAUGCCCAGGACCUUGCUGACAUCACCGAGUCCAUAACUGACUGCGAUUUUUGCGCCUUCGCUCUCGGAUUCGCCGCCCAAGACCAGAUCCUCCAGAUCUCGGGUAGACCUGAUUCCGUGUCCUUCGCCAAUCAAGACGCCCACAAACCCCGUCCUGGCUAUGUCAACGAGCCGUUGAUAUGUAGUUGGCGGUAUCACGGCUAUGACUAUCAAGAACACAGAUCAGCUGAGCUCAGACUACAGAGGUACAGGGAUGAUGAGUUGGGGAGGGACGGCUCUGCCAUGCGACUCUUUGAGACUUCCGACCCUCGAGUGCAGUGUGUCAGGCCUAUUGACCACUCAUCGAAGAACACGAACAGUGACGCUAGCUUUGACUGUCUAUCUCGCUGGAUUGAGAACUGCUCCCAAAGCCACCGGCUAUGCAACAAGUUGCAUGCCAGAAGAGCUGAGGAUGCCGACUGGCUUCCGACGCGUCUUGUUAAGGUCAUUGCCUCAGAAGGUGCAGAACCGACGUCUAUCCUCGUAGAGGAGACUGCUAAGGUCGAUUGCAGCGGCGUCGAAGUCAAAUAUGCGGCACUCAGCUACUGUUGGGGUCCAAACCCUUCCUUCAUCAAACUCACUGGGUCUAACCUGCAGGACCUGAAAAUGACCGGGGUAUCUAUCCCGGUCCUACCGGCCACAUUCCGCGACGCGGUCACAGCAACGUGGCGUCUUGGCCUUCGAUAUCUGUGGGUGGACUCCCUCUGCAUUAUUCAAGACUCGCUAGACGAUUGGGCUCGGGAGUCCAUGACAAUGGCAAAGGUGUACUCGUACUCGGCCAUCACACUCGCCGCUGCAGCAUCAAAUGAUGCCGAAGGGGGGCUCUUUCGCAGGCGCAACCCUACUGCGAUCAAUGGCACGCAGAUGGACCUCAAAUGGCCUGCCCUUGAUCUAGAGGGUUCAUUCCGAGUCGUACCCGAAGACCCGUGGCUGAAAGCAGUAGUUCAAUCGCCGCUGUUGGGCCGCGCGUGGGCUUUUCAGGAGCGUCUUCUAUCUCGAGGAACAGUCUUCUUUACUCACAACAUGCUGUUCUGGGAAUGCGGCGAGCUAUAUGCUUCGGAGCUCUACCCAGACGGUGGGCCUUGGGACCUGAAGUAUCGGUACAAAAGCUUUGAUGUUGCCGAAAGGCUACCCGAGGGAGUGCAGAGUGUUGAGGAUGGCCGCUUCAAGCAUGUAUACACAAGUCUUCUGGCAAGCGAUAGGGGAGCGAACGAAUUGUCACAAGCCGAGGUCGAUGAGAAGUUCGUCUAUGUUUGGGCUUCCGUCGUGGCCCAGUAUAGCGUCGGCAAGCUCUCCAAGGAGAGCGACAAGCUUGUGGCUAUCGAGGGUGUUGCAGAGCAGAUGGCUACCAUCAUACCCAAAGAACAUUACUUGACAGGACUCUGGCGGGUACCGAACCUUCCACUGUUCCUGCUGUGGUACUGCGAGGAGAAGAUGACACGAGGCAGGAUCUCGUCGAUGCCUAGCUGGUCAUGGGCAUCCACCCAUUCUCAAGUCAAGUUUAACUUCCUCUUUCGGGCUCAGACUGAACCUCAUAUCUCCAUCAACAUCAACUCCAUAUCCACCCCGCCCAGGCGUUCGACCAACAAUGCCGCUCUCGACUCGUCCAUGACAUCUGAAGCGUUACCUUCCGCAGCUCUUUCGAUCCGGGGUCCUCUCACAGAAGUUCGCCUGCGCCGAGUUACACGAUAUGAUCUCGGUCCCUUACACCGCGGUUUUUGGCGAGAUAUAACGAGGAGAACCGAACCCAGAAUCUGGCGAUGGAGACUGCUCGACAGAAGCCCUCGGGUUGUGUUCACAGGCAAAGGCUUGAAGGCGAGCUAUCCGUGCACUAUGCUAUUUGACCGAACUUUGCCGCAAGGUUGUCGCAUCUUUGCACUCAAAGUUGCGGAUGCAGACCUACGCUUUCCGUGGGCCGACCGGCUGCCUGUUGACUGCGGGUUGCUACUGGCGCCGGCAUGGAAAGAAUCUCACGGAGAUACUCCGGAGAUCACCGAUGAGCCGGGCUUGUUUGUUAGGGUCGGGUAUUUCGAGAUUGCUAGAGGCAAAAUGGAUAGAGACUGGGCAGACUGGGCUCAGUUGAAGUUUAGAAGCCUAACACAGCUGAGGGAAGGCAUAUGGAAGGACUCCAAGAUUGACCAGAAAUUUUGGAAAGAUUGGGAUGGAAAGGAUGCAUAUACAGUCACAGUUGUCUAG